AUGGAAGGCUCCGUGCACCACCCCGCAGCUCUGCGCGGGUGGAAAGACCAGCGGACAUUGCAUUGUCAUGCGCUAACGCCGCCGCAUCGGCCUUCUCGUCGCGUGAGCGCCCCGAAGCGCUGCACCAAACGCCACGCAUCGUCCGUCGCGCUGCCGAACGGGCUCGACGUCGACUACGUGAGCCGCGCGGACGUCGACUUCUUCUACACCGAAGUGUUCCUCCAGCGCUGCUACACCAGCCGUGGAAUCACCAUCCGGCAAGGAGACACAGUGAUCGACGUCGGCAGCAACAUCGGGAUUUUCGCGAUCUUCGCGGCCAUUGAGGCCGGUCCGACUGGAAGGGUUAUCGCGGUGGAACCGAUGCCCGCGACGUUCCGCUGCCUGGAGUCCAACGCGGCGAGGGCGCGCAGCUGGUGCCCGGGCAGCGCGCCGAUCACCUGCGUGAACGCCGGCGCCGGUGACGGGACCGCGAGCGAGGGGGUGUUUACGUUCUACCCUCUCGGCGCCGGGUGGAGCACGAUGGCGCCGGACGAAGCCGAGGUCGCGUCGGCGGUCGAGGCGUACCUCGAGGACGCGCUGGAGGACCUUGUCGGGCUGGAGUCGUCGCGGUUGGCGCGGGUGGCGCGGGGACUGAAGCGGGCGCUCCCCGGGGGAGUGUACGGCGCGCUGCAGCGCGCGGCGGUGCGGGCGAUGGUGAGCGUGAAGCGGGAGGUGCGCUGUCCGCUCGUGACGGUCGGGGACGUCGCGGCGGAGGUGGGGGGGGGUGAGGUGGGGGUGUUGAAGGUCGACGUGGAGCGGGCGGAGCUGGCAGUGCUGCGCGGGGUGCCGGAGGAGCUGUGGCCGCGGAUACGACAGGUGGUGGGGGAGGUGCACGAGGGGAGCAGGGCGGAGUUCUGUGCGCUGUUGGUGGCGCAGGGCUACGAGGUGGAGGUGUGGCAGGAGGGGGGUCUCAGCGGCACCCCCCUCUACUCGUUCGCCGCGAAACGGCCGCAGUGA